CACAAAUUAGGCCACCAUGUUAAAUCUUUGUUUUGAGCCUUUAGACUGAGCGUUGACUUUUCACCAUUCACUGUACAGCUCUUUACUUUUAGUUUAAUCUGGGCGGGAUAGUAAAGCUGUACGACGAAUGAGGCUCGAGCCAAACUUUACUCUCUGAAACCAUGAAGCUAUCCGACAUUAAAAAGUUGAAGGUGGCAGAGCUGCGGUCCAGACUUCAGGAACUUCAUCUGGACAGCAAGGGUCUGAAGGCUGAGCUGGUGGGGAGGCUGUGGUCUGCUAUAGAGGCAGAAGAGACAGGACAACACAACGAGGAAGAACUAAUAACACUACAACAUGAAAACUCAGGUACACAUUUUAAAGCAACAGAUACAGUUCAUGUCCACACUUCAUCACCGACACAAACCGAGGUUAUUGAGCCUACAUGUAUCAGGGAGUACACAGACUCUGCCACACAGACUGAGAGCAAAACUGAAAGUCUGCCGAUCCCACAACAAGGCUCUGAGUUAAUCUCAGAGUUUGGGUCUGAGUGCCAGACAGUGGAGGAGGAGGAGGCAGCAGAUCCAGAGGAGGACCGGAGAGCUCAGGCAUCAUCAGAGGACCGGAGAGCUCAGGCAUCAUCAGAGGACCGGAGAGCUCAGGCAUCAUCAGAGGACCGGAGAGCUCAGGCAUCAUCAGAGGACCGGAGAGCUCAGGCAUCAUCAGAGGACCGGAGAGCUCAGGCAUCAUCAGAGGACCGGAGAGCUCAGGCAUCAUCAGAGGACCGGAGAGCUCAGGCUUCAUCAGAGGACCGGAGAGCUCAGGCAUCAUCAGAGGACCGAGGCAGAGGAAGAGCUUUCUACGAGUUCAAAGAGGAGAUACGAUACAAAAGAGCCAAGUCCCCACAGCCUCUACUGGAAAGAGAGCAGGCAACAGAGGAAGAUGAAAAUAGAGUCAGACUAAACCCAGGUGACUGUCACCUCCACUUUGAGGCGGGUCCUGAUGGUGCAUGUGGCCAGCCACGAUUCUGGGAACGAUUCCCGCUGCUGUGGUCAGGCUGCAGGCUCACCCAUGGGGUGCGGCAAGGCAGGGUGGGCUUUGAGGUGAGGCUAGAGAGGAAGUUGUUGACCUCACAGCUGGGGAAUGAUGCAGAUGCAGACUCUUACGGCCUGAGAGUUGGCUGGUCGAUGGGGAACAGCUCUGUACUGCUGGGUGAAGACAAAGUGUCUUUUGCUUAUGACAGUCGUGGUAAAAAAGUUUCCGGUGGGAAGGAAGAAGACUUUGGGGAACGCUUCUCAGAGGGCGACAUCAUUGGCUGUUAUGCUUCUUUCUCUACAGAUGGUGUCAUUGAGCUCUCCUUCCACAGGAAUGGCCGCUUCAUGGGUGCAGCCUUUAACCUGAGCUCCUCCGUGCUGCUGGGUGAUGCCUUGUACCCUCACGUUCUCUGUAAGAGCUGCUCAUUCAGACUCCACCUGGACCACAUGGACCCUCCCUGGUACCCUGGCCCAUUAGGGUUUACACCGCUGGCAUCCCUUUCUCGUGGGCAGAGGGUGCGCACCACAAUGGCCUCUGAUGUCAGUGCACAAUAUGAGGUCUUGCUGAUGGUUGGUCUUCCUGGUUCAGGGAAGACUCACUGGGCUCGGGCUCACAUGAAGCAGCAUCCAGAAAAACAGUACAGGCUGCUGAGCACAGAGGAGCUGCUGGCAUGUAUGAUUAGCGGUGGUCAGAGUGACAUCAGGCUGCAGCAGGCUUCUCAGUGUCUCACUGAAAUGAUCAAGAUGGCUGCCCAGACUCCUGGCAAAUAUAUCCUCGACCAGUGCAACAUCCUCUUCUCUGCACGGCGUUACAAGCUGCAGUUGUUUUCAGGCUUCAGACGCAGAGUGGUGGUUGUCUUUCCUUCAGCAGAGGAGUGGAGAAGACGACUGUCCAAACACCAGACCAGUGAUGAAGAGCAGAUCCCUGAGACCGCUCUGCUCAAACAGCAGGCCAGCUGCAGUCUUCCAGAGCAGCACAGUGAGCUGCUGGAGGAUCUGCUGUACGUAGAGCUGCCUCAGGAACAGGCACAGACACUCCUGCAGGAGUAUAAAUUUGAGGCUCGCAGGCUGCUGCCCCCUAUCCCCAAACAGGAAAAGAAGAAACCCCGACUUCACAAGAAAAGACCCUACCCUUCCGGCCCCCAGUCCUCACACAGGUGGACUAGACAUUAUGGGUGGAGCAACAUGACCGCACAGCCAUGGAGGCAACAGCCGGCAUAUUGGACUGUGGGGUAUCGAGACCAGAACGCCUACAGCAGGGAAUUUUGUGACGUUGGUUACAAAGCCAACUGGUGAGGAAAGAAGACGGUGAAGAAAACAGAGGUUCUUCACCUUCUACUGCAUUGUGUGUUGUUUUACUGCAUUGUGUGUUUUUACAAUGAAAAGCGUUUUACUGAUACCUCUUCAUUUACAGAGAGCUACAGUAAAUAAGGAAGUCAAAGCAGAGAUAAUCAUUUUUUUUAGUUUUGACAAUGUUUAUCUGAAGAAAAAAAACAAAUAGGCCAUUUUUGGGGAUUUUAUUCAAAAUGUAUUUAAAAUUUGAUAUUUUAUUCCUGUACAGUUUACAAAUGGUUUUAAAUAAACAUCAUUUUCAACCGUU